AUGAGUUGGUCAUCCGAGAGAAAACUCGGCGUCGGUGGUAGCCAAGUGGAAAUAUCGAGCGCUGAUGCCAUGUAGUCAUUGUCCCAGGUAGGCUGUUCGUCAGGGAGCGGGAGUAACGCAAUGUUCGGCAUAUCAAUAGCGAACAUGGAACGGUCAUCCCAAAGGCUUUGGUCUUCAUCCUGCUCCUGCUCAUUUUCUUCACCCUGUCUAUGGCGAAUCCGUCCGGGCUUCUCGACACGGGAGGGGUCACUAAACGGGCCUGGAGGUUCAUUCAAGCGGUGCCGUUUCUGGCCUCGUCGAUGGUACAUGCUUACUCACGUCUCAGAAACUAACCAAAUUGGCAGUGCUUGUUCAGGACUAGGUUCUGUUAUGAGAUAGUGAGAUUAGAGCUGGCUGGAAGAGCGGUGGUGAGGUCAGUGGAUUUGCCCUUUAUCUACGGGAUUAGAGUACGGGUAGUUGUUUGAAGUCCAUGGCCGCUAUCACGAAAAGAACAAGGCGAAGAAGAGCGAGUUGGGCUGGUGAUUCUAACUGGUCGUCAGCCUUGUCAACCCAUCACGCAUGCGGACCCAGGGCAUUAGAGGCGUCCUUUCAAGCCAAAGAGAAGAACGAAUGGCUGCCAGGAGCUUCUGACGAGACAAACCCCGCUUGGUGGCUGGUUGACCACCUCACACUUGAAUAUUCAAAGACUCGUUUUCAGCCUCAUAUCCCUCUUCUUGACGAGGCUAGCUUCAGUCGCUUCUCGUCUCAUCUCGUUCUCUCUUCUCUCCUCCAUCUUCCCUCUUCUCUUCUCUUCUCUCUCCUCUCUUUUUCUUCUUCUCUCCUUUUGUGUGUUGUGCUAAGACUAGUCCUGCAGCAAAGGCUACUCGUGCAUCCAAUCUCAGAAAAGCAAAUAGAAAAUCUCCCCUGGUGUCCCCUUCCGGAAAAUCUCACCAUGCCGGAUCCCUUUUCGCCGCAAGGUAUCCCGGAUAUAGCCUUUGUCGAAUUACUUGAAGACCGACGGGGACAGCUCGGUUUUGUUGCUGCAGACUGGCCGGACUCACGUUGUCUACUAGCAGACAUAGGGGAGUACCUAGUCCGGUCUGCGGUGAUAUUGUCGCACCUGGCCAAGGACCUGGCCGAUGGCCAUCAUAUAAAGACCUACGCGAUUCAGACAAUCAAUGACAUGAAAGAGACCACUGACUUCUCUGAUCUUGAUCCUCUGGAUUACUUUGAUUCAAAACAUUCAUCGCUCAAGGAGCUCGCCUCGCAGCUGGAAGGAAUGGCGAAUGAUAUUCAAUCACGGUGGAAACAAAGCCAAAAGCCUCCAGAGCUCUCAUCCCGUCGCCAAAAACGCCCCGCACAGGGACAAAUCUCUGGAGCUACGGCAGACCCAAUGGACGAGGUUACAAAUUAUUCUGGUGACGUCAUUCAGACGGGAACUGGGGCUGCACGGCAUCGAAUCCGCAACUCAGAUGGGAGGCCGGAGUCUCCCCCCUUCGAUGACGCUAUAAACGACACUAUCCAAGAUCUUUUAAAAUCGCUAGUAUCCCGUGGAAAGGGGGACCAUUUUUGUCCGCUCGGUCAUCGCUGCCGGAAAGGGGGGGUUGAUGGCAAUGGUGAAAUUGUGAAUUUUGAGAGAAAUUCUGUUUUCAGGUCGCAUUUGGAGAAGCACCAAAAGUUGUACAAGUGUGAGCUGCCUGGGUGCAGAAACCACAAAGGCUUUGCGAGGAAAGAUCAGCUUCAGCGGCAUCAGGAGAAUGUCGCACAUAAUGCCAUGUAGGUAAUAGACAGUCUCCAGUGAACCUGAGUUCUACACUCAUUUUCAAUUAUCCUCUUCAUUAAAUCGGAUUUUCCUGUAUGAACAUGUUGCCUGAGCUUUUCCUCACCGCCACAAGGACAUGAACCUAAAUCGUACAGCAAUAAAUGUUCAAUAUAAAUGGGCCCUGGUGUGUUUCCUGGUGUGUUUAGCUAGAGGAGAGGAAAUGAUACCCGUGGAAGGCGCAUUUGCGUAUUGAAUUGCAAGUCUCGAAUUGUUCGCAAGAUAUGAAGCGCAGGCCAAUUGCUCACCCAGACGAUAUGCAGGCAGCAUGCUUCCUUGGGGCCGCUGAUUUGGAGAAUAAUUGCAUCGGAAUCAUGUAAGCAUCACGGAGACUUCUAUUGUAAACCCGGGGAAACCGAUAAUCCACGGGAGUUGGAUAUCUUGUUAGCUACCGUAGUAAACGGUUUUUCAAUAGAUUUGUGUACGAGAUGCGAGUGGGCGCGGCCGUAUCUCAUAAACUAGCCAGCCAUGUAUUUUUCUCAAAUAACACGAGAUUUCCGCACAGCGUGGGAUUUCCUUCUCAUGUUUAACAAGAAUCAAACGCUCGCUUACGCUCGCUUUGCUGCUUGCGCAGCCCCCUCUAUCACUUCCACCCCCUACCCCUACACCCCCCCCUUACCGCCCCUACCACCCCUU